CAAUCGCGAGGAGAAUAACGACCAUCAAUGUACCAUCUGACAUUCGAUUUAUCAGAGAUUUUCUCUCGAGAACGUGUUUAAUUUCAAAUCGAUUGUUCAAAUUAUCAAUUGUCGAACACUGUAAAUGACAUGAACGAUCUAUUAAAGAUAUCGAAAAUCACAGUUUCGAAAUGGAAGAUCUAUUAGUGACGGAUGCAGGCUCAAUUAAAGAGAGGUUUCUGACGACUGGUUGCUCGAGACUGGAUGCAAAACUCGGAGGCGGCAUACCUUGCAGAGGUGUCACACAGAUUUAUGGUGCUGCUGGCACCGGAAAGUCACAGUUGGCUUUGCAAUUGUGUCUCACCGUUCAACUGCCGAUAACCGCGAACGGUCUUGAAGCUGGUGCCAUAUACAUUUGCACAGAAGCUGCUUUUCCCUCAAAACGGUUGCAGCAAUUGCUGGAGAACUCAAAGAUAGCUAAAACUCAUUCUGUGAAUGGAGAUGUGAUAUUUGUGAGCCACAUAGCUACCAUUGAAAAAUUGGAGGAUUGCCUGCAACGCGACGUUCCAGUGUUGAUGAAUGCUCGUAAAAUAGGAUUGCUAAUCAUCGAUUCGAUAGGUGCACUUUUCAGAGCGGAGGAUUUGCAAGAGCCAGAUAAAAUCCAACUACUAAGCAGAAGCAAGAGAAGCAUUGGAAGGCAAUUACACGAACUUUGUAAAAACGAUGAUUUAUGCGUGAUUUGCAUUAAUCAGGUUUGCGCGGUUAUAGAUGGUCACAGACUCAUUACUGAGAAUGCGACCGAGCAGCCAGCUCUAGGAUUCACAUGGUCGAGCAUGAUAACCACUUCUAUAUAUUUCUAUAGAAAUAGGAGACUCUCCGUGCGAUACGCUUGCGUAAUGUUAGCCUCGCACUUGCCGAGGCUCACUUUCCAAUUCGAAGUGAACGAAUCUGGUAUCAGGGUAAUUGAAUAAGCCCGUGUUACAGAAAACAAGAACAUCUUAAUUUUAUUCCAUGAAUUUGUAUAUAUCGCGAAAUAUAUUCUCGUCCAAGAUCUUUGUUACAUUUGUCGCUUUGUAAUCAGACAAUGUAGAGGCGUCGAACGGAUCCGUCGUUCUCACGUCUAUAUUUUCAAUAUCACAGUUUAGUAUUAACCUUGAAAGCAAAUAUAGCGUUAAUAAAGAUAAUUAUGUACGUUUCAAGCA